GGUCGAGGUCGAGGAGUCGCAGUUCGCCAAUCGACCGCCUUCCCUAUCCCCACAGCCGACUUCGCUGCAAUCGCACCGCAACCCUGCCCAACGCGGCCUUGAUCAGAAGGAUAGAAUGUUUUAGCGGCCUCGGUGCUGUCAAGCACAGGCUGAAGCAAAAUGGACGGCUCGUACGGCAACGUCUUCCAACCCAACAAAUCCUCCAUUUCUCCCAUGUCGCCGAUGUCCCAGAAUACCCCGGCAGGCAGCAACGGCCAGUACAAGACGAACGUGAGCCGGCAGAAGACGAAGAAAUGGGUCGAGGCAAAGAUCCAGAGCUACGAUGGUGACGACUGGGGCAAUGACUAUGAUGACGUGCCCGAAGAGCCACUUCCUCCUCCUCCUUUGCGGCCCACGGGCCCUCGAUUGCCAGCCAGCCCUCCCUUGACUACGAGCCAACAACAACCUGGCACAACGGGAUCCUUUCAACACGCGCCCUUCCCCCCCGCGCCCUUUCAAGCCGCUCCCUCUCCUGCUCAGUCGCCUGGACCGAGAAUUUCUUCGGGCGCUCCGCCCUUGCACAUACAAACCCAACAGCCGCACCUCUCCCGAACUACUGCGCCCUUCGAAACAGGCUCUCUGGUCUCGCGUCCGUCGUCACUCGGCAGCCCUAACCCCGGCGAGCACCUCGUAUCUCCCCUAUCGACCAAUGUCCCUCCGAGCGCGUCGUCGAGCCUAUACUCCGCGGCCCAGGGAAAUGUCCGCGGCUUCGUCUCACCCCCACCACAAGCGCAGAGGCGCACGUCGCCUGCGCCGCAGAGUGCAGGCCCCGUGCCGACGCGAUUCCCGCCGCGUAAGAGCAGUAUGGGACAGCAGGACAGCGUCGAGUUUGUGGACUCUGCACGCCAACAACGUACCUCGGGUUCGAGACCAGGCUCCAGCCAUAAGCCUUGGGUGGAAGCGCGACCUGCAUCACCGGGGGGUGUGAAGUCGCCGGGUACUCCCUCCAAACAGCUGCCGCUCAUAAGGCCGGCGGAUAUAUAUAAACGGAUGGACGAACAAAAGGAGAAGGACAGGCAGUCUAUAGACUCUGGUCGGCCCAGCACGGAUAGCAUCGUCCGCGGCAGCGGGCGAACCGACUCGCCGUCCAGGUUUCAGCCUGAGCUGGUAGAUCAAGGACGACGGAUGAGCCCAGUCGCUGAUGACGGAGCCGACUCGUCCCGUAGCCUCAGGCCGAGCCUUGCCCCUGUUGCUGAGAGAAAGAGCGAAUACGGAAUCGAAGGACUGAUAGCCAGCUACGAGACCUUGGGACACGAAACUCAGCCUCCCAUGGCGGCUCAGGUCGAACCCAACCCUUCAGAGGUUGGCUCUGCGUGGAAAGAGCCGAGUGCCACCAGUGAAGAACCCCAGGAAUCUCAGCCAGAGGAGGAUCUUCGCCGCUUCUCCACGAGUCCCAAGCUGCCGGAUCUUGCGCGCAUGUCCACAUUUGGCCUCGAUAUCUUCUCGGGUUCCUCGACGUUCCUCUCUGACGCGCCGCCCUUGCCCACCAUCUCUGAUACCGCCGAGGUGACGGAGCCGUCGGAGGGGGGAAGUGGUUCCGAUGAGAAGGCCGAUAAUUUGGCAGAUACGGAAAGGUCGGCUCCAGGAGGGCCUCGAUCUACAGUUGCGAGUCGAAGCCCUCAGCCGAGUCCUGCGAGCUCCGAACAACCAAGUCCCGCUCUCGAAGAGGCAUCCUCACUCGCUCUGGCCAAGGAGCCGGCCCUCGAUUCCGAGGCAUCAUCGCACAAUGCUGCUCCCGGCAUGGCAGACUUUGCAGACGAAACAGAAGAGCAUAAUGCCGCCGCUGUUACUCCUGCCCUAGAAGAGAGCUCACCGCCUUCAGACGAGAAUAUGUCUCGCCAACCCUCGCUUCUUGGAGACAUUCCAACUCCAAACUACCAAGUUGUUACUCAAGAUGCAGCCGUGGCGGUCGGUGACCAGGCAGAUGUUUCUCCGGUCAACGAAGCGGCUGAAAUCAGCGAAGACACUAGAGUUUCUGUGCCCAAGGGGCAGUUGCCCAGCACUAGCGACAGCAGCAGCGGCAUUGACAGCGACAGUGGCAGCGACAGUAGUACCAACGUCGUAGGCGAUGUCGAGGCAUCGAAGGAAAUGCCCCCUGCUUUCACACGCCCCAUCUCGCCAAACUCCCGCCCUCCACUGCGGACAGGAAGCCCUUCGAGCUCGACUCGGAAUCUUCCGAUUAGUUGGCCAAAAUCAACGACCGACGAGGAGGCAUCCCACCCACAGCCCAGGGAUUCCCCGAAGACUCAGGCCUCUAGUCUGGCCCCAGCUACAGCUCAUUCCGAGAUCAGUCCUACUGCUCCGUUGAACCCGCACAGGACCGACCUGACUGCCAUAGACUUCGCUUCACCUAAUCUGGAGAGGAUCUCUACCAUGAGCACAACCAAUACCAUAUCUCCUGUCAAAGAAAGCGAUAAGCUUCGGGAGGAAAUCAUCAAAUCGCUUAGCCCUGUUCGUCCAGGAAGCGACUUUGGGGAUUUCAGUGUUGGGAAAACAUCCGGAUCCGGUGAAGGGAGAGCCGUGCGAGAGAGUACCUACCUUCCUGACGUAUACGGCGAUUACUGGGCAUCGAGCGACGACAAGCCCGAAGCCGAACAAGACAUUCCGACGAUUACCGAGGAAGAGGCCGCGAUGCCUCUGAAGCCAGCCGAAGGCCCCGUCCUUGUCAAGGCAGAAGAAGAGCUUUCACAACGUGUGGCAUCGCCAUCUCCAGCGCCUUCUGGUGCGAGCCCUGGUGACGAAGCACUGCCUCUUUCCAGCCCCUCGACCGGGACGGGUCGCAGGCGGUUCUCCUGGGAGGCCGAGCCAGAACAAGUAAAUGCCGGCUCGCCGGCUUCGGGUCUCCCAGUCGAGCCGAAAUCCCUCCUAGUUGACGCUGCUACAAAGGCAAUCGCAGCGCCAGCUCAGCCGAUGCCUGCAGCAGAACAGCCUCCCGCAGCUGCGGCUCAGGACUCCAACCAGCCCAUCACUGGUGCCGAGCUGGCCAGUUCACCUUUGGCUGUCGGGUCAGGCCCUGUGGGCAUCUCGCAUCAGAUAUCGCAGGCGAGUACUCUCUCGCCGCCAUCGGAUUUCGCCCCGCCGCCGAAGUCUCCUUCGCCCAUAUCGGCGACCUCUGAUAAGCCAAUGCCGCCCGCGGUCGAGAAUCGUAGGCUAUCUCUGGCCGAUGAGAAGUCGCUUGCGGUGGCGUCGGACACGCCGUUCUUUCCCGUCCCGCCAGGGCAACAUCCGGCGUUGGCACAGCCGGCACAGCCAGCGCCGUCAGUGGAGCCAGCGUCCCCGGCACAGCCAUCACCACAUGCAGCAACCCACGGGGCAGCAACCGCGGCGAGGGAUACCGUCAACAUCAUACCCUUUAGGCAGAUCCUGGGCAUGCAGACGCCGGAGGAUCGGAUCAAGCUCUUCAAUGAGACGAGGGAGCAAUUUGCUGUCGGUGACCAGCGGCUGGAAGAAUGGAUUCAGGUCCUGCGGGGCCAGCACGCGGAAUAUGCGAACGCAACAUCGCAGUUCAACGAUUCUUUCAGCCUGCCAGUGGCGGGCACCGGCAUUGCGGGCGGCGUCGCCCAGCGUGGUUCCCAACCGACCACGCCGCAGCAGCCUUACUAUCAGGCGUAUCUCAGUGCGAGCUCGUCGAACCUGGUCGGCGGCCAGGGGACGAGACCGGUGAGCAACCUGCCGAUGCCGCCACAACAUGGUGGGCCCAGCAGCGGGUUUACCAAUUCGGGCAACCAGGUGGGCGCGAAGAGCAAGGGGCUGCUGAUAGCGGCGGGCAAGGCUAGCAAGGGACUCUUGAGCAAGGGGAAGAGCAAGUUGAGGGGGAGUGGUGAAAAGGUAUUUUUCUAAUUCACACACGAUACUGACGUCUAUUUACACCACCAACCUCCCCCAACCCUCUACUUGCACCGCAUCAUCAUAAUUUUGGCCGGGGCUUCGUUGAGGGCAGGAUAUUUCCAUUCUAAUCAUGUCUGAUUAAUUUCUUCACUCUUCUUUUCUCUUCCCUUCGCUUCUCUUCGCUUCUCUUUCUGCCAGGCGAUUGGAGACGAGUCCCUGGUUUUGGGGCUUUGUCAAAUCGGUUGAU